AUCAAAAGUGGAAUGCUAGUUCCGCCACAUAUGUUGCUAUGGCAACCAGUAGUAGGAAUGUCUACAGGUGACAUCAUAGUACAGCAACUGGCGACUAGCAGCAAAAAAUCACUGUAUGUGUGUAAGUGCACCUUCACUCAAUCUCAUUUUUUAUGGUCAGCAACUGAAAACACAAAGAGACUUUCACUAAUUACACGCAGGUGAGAAUUACCAGCCACUCCGUCAGAUGGACAACAAACUGGUCGGAUUGCUUUCUCACAACAAUGUUUAGGUUGUAUGGUUCUAGUGUAUCAAGUGAAGUCUGUGCUGCUCUGUCUUCAGCUCUGAGAUCAAACCCCUCACACGUGAGAGAACUGAAUCUGUCCUUUAAUAAACUAGGAGACUCAGGAGUGAAGAGUCUCUCUGCUGUACUGGAGAAUCCUCACUGUAAACUGAAGAAACUGAGGUUGCAUGAUUGUUGUGUCUCACAUAAAGGCUGUGCUGCUCUGACUUCAGCUCUGAGAUCAAACCCCUCACACCUGAGAGACCUGACUCUGUCCUAUAAUUAUGUAGGAGACUCAGGAGUGAAGGGUCUCUCUGCUGUACUGGAGAAUCCUCACUGCAAACUGUACACACUGAGGUUGGGUUCUUGUGGUGUCUCAGAUGAAGGCUGUGCUGCUCUGACUUCAGCUCUGACAUCAAACCCCUCACACCUGAGAGAACUGGAUCUGUCCUAUAAUAGAAUAGGAGACUCAGGAGUGAAGAGUCUCUCUGCUGUACUGGAGAAUCCUCACUGUAAACUGGAGAUACUGUGGUUGAUUGGUUGUAGUGUCUCAGAUGAAGGCUGUGCUGCUCUGACUUCAGCUCUGAGAUCAAACCCCUCACACCUGAGAGAUCUGAAUCUGUCCUAUAAUAAAAUAGGAGACUCAGGAGUGAAGACUCUCUCUGCACUUACGGAUGAUAAACAUUACAAACUACAGACACUGAAGAUUUGAUGAUCAUCUGUGGAUAGGAACAGUGAACAGGAAAUGUCCAAAUGUCCAGAAAAUGGACAGGAACAGUUUCAAUACAUUGGUGGAAUUCUUACCUGACAGGAUUGGCAUCUGAGGAGUUUAUCUGUGGAGUUUAUCUGAGGAAGCCUCUAGGAGACUCACUACAAGUCACAUUUAUGACUUUGUCCUUUGGUUAAUUAAUGUAGUGUUGGAUAUAAACCAGAUGUGAAAUAAACACGAGGGGGACCAACUAAGAAUAGUAUGUUAUUUUAUUGAGAAUUCACUGGGCUGGUGGGACUGUACUCCCGGUGAGAGCGGUAGGGUUAAAACAGGUGAUAAAAUGGGAUGUGACCAGGGGACGUGGGAUAGCCAGCUGAGGUGUACGGGGGAGAGUACUGAGGACUGGCAGGUGAGAAAGAGGGAGAGUGAUCAGAGCCUGGGUCAGAGAAGGCCGUGUCACCAUCAGUCUGAUAGCUGGAGGAAGGGACAGGUUGAGGGUCUGUCUGUGUAGAGAUAUAUAAUAUAGUUAGUAUAUUAUGUAAGCCAUAGAAAAUCACUAAUUGGAUGUGACAAGUAUAGGUCAAAGGUCAUAAUCAUUAUGAUUAAAUACAAUGACAGGUCAAAGGUUCAUCAUAAUCACUUAUAAUUACAUUA